UGGAAACAAGGAGAGAGAUAUUGGAAAAUUGAUGGUCUUUGCCUUCCGUCGCUUUCAUUCGUUGUCUUUUACGUUUCAUUCACGACACCGCGCUCUUUCUCUUUCGGUGGACAUGGUUGUUUUUUUAAUCUGGUUUUUGCCUGGUAGCUUUGUUAUUGGUUUAUAAAUUCCCAUUUUUCGGCAGCACGGCUCUUCAAUUUUUUAGUCCAAUGCUGAGUUCCAUUUGUCUAUCUUCUGUCUGUUUACAACCCUUGGGUGGGUUCGUGUCCUCAGUCCUCCUAUUCAAACUAUCUUGUGGAAUUUCCUUCUUUGGUCUUUAUAAUUAGCUAGUUUCCUUUCUGGGUUUUCUUUUAUCUUCUGGGUUCACGUCCAUCUCAACCUCUCUCGCUUGCUUGCAAUACUACUACAACAGUUUGAGUUUUGGCAUUUGGUUUCAAAAGCUCAAGAAGAUGAAGUGCUUCUUUCCCUUCAAGGACAAAUCCAAGACCAAGAGAGGAUCGAGAUCCGCUCCAGAGCGGCAAAGCCAAAGUAAAUCAGAUAGUUCGGCUGUAAACCGCGCAACCAAGUCAUCGGGUUCAUUACCAUCGCCACUGAGCAUACCCGAAUUGUACGAAGAAAAGAAGCACAAUUUGAGAGUUUUCACCUACGAAGAGUUGAGGGAAGCAACAAAUGGUUUCAAUAGGUUGCUAAAGAUUGGAGAAGGUGGUUUUGGGAGUGUGUAUAAAGGUACUAUUAGGCCUCCAAAUGGUCAAGGUGAUUCAACUGUUGUUGCCAUAAAAAAGCUUAACACGAAUGGAUUGCAGGGUCAUAAACAGUGGCUAGCAGAAGUUAUAUUUCUUGGUGUUGUCAAUCACCCAAAUCUAGUGAAACUUCUGGGAUACUGUUCUAGUGAUGAAGAAAGAGGUAUCCAGCGGUUGUUGGUGUACGAAUUCAUGCCUAACAGAAGCCUAGAAGCUCAUCUUUUCAACAGGGCAUUGCCCACACUUACUUGGAAAACAAGAUUAGAGAUUCUCCUUGGUGCGGCCGAAGGAUUGGCUUACCUACAUGGGGGACUGCAAGUCCAGGUGAUAUAUCGAGAUUUCAAGUCCUCAAAUGUGCUAUUGGAUGACGAGUUCAAGGCAAAGCUUUCAGACUUUGGGCUUGCUAGGGAAGGGCCACAGGGUGACCAUACUCAUGUAUCCACUGCGGUGGUUGGGACAUAUGGAUAUGCUGCUCCGGAAUAUGUGGAAACAGGCCAUCUUACAACCCAGAGCGAUAUAUGGAGUUUUGGUGUUGUGCUGUAUGAGAUCCUCACAGGCAGGCGAGCAUUGGAAAGAAACCGUCCCACUUCGGAACAGAAGCUUCUAGAUUGGGUGAAACAGUUCCCGGCUAACAGUCGCAGAUUCAGCAUGAUAAUAGAUCCAAGACUCAGAAACCAGUAUCCUCCUGUUGCAGCUCAGAAAAUUGCCAAACUAGCAGAUAGCUGCCUAAACAAGAAUGCUAAGGAUAGGCCAACAAUGAGCCAGGUAGUAGAGAUCUUGAAGGAAGCAACACAAAUCCCAGAACCUACUCCCGGGAAUAGUAGUUCUAGCUCAUCGGGAUCUAAAAUUUCCAACAGAAACCAAAAUAGGACUAUCAAGAGAAGUUUGUGACCAUAGAGCCAAAGAAAAUAAAUAGUAGUUCUAACUCAUCUGGGUCUGGAAUGUUAGAUUGAUUCAACUCGAUUAAACCAAGCAAACCCUGGUCCUCGCUCAAUCAUCUAUACGUUUUGUCUCCAUAUUUCAAGAUUUUUGUAUUGAUGAAAGGAAGAGGUGUAUAGAUUGGUAUGUGGAAUGGUUGUAAAUCUCUAUAUUAAAUUUUUGUGUUCCGAUUCUUGGGAGUUCAAAUUUCAAUCUUAUGAUUUAUAACUCGAGCAAUCUAAUGAUAUGUUAUUUUCA